GCACGGGCACGAUUUAAAUCAUCAGCGCAACGUUUGAGCAGCAAGCCGUCGUCGUUCUCAUUCGGCAGAGUGCAGGAAGUCACGGUGUCAUUAACCAGCACCCCUCCGGCCAACAAACAUGGCUUCAAAUAACGGUUCAGUCGGCAAGUGGGAAGUAGUGAAGAAAGGAAAGAAAAAUAACAGCUCAGGAGGAGCGAAAACGUCCGCUGACAAGAAGUCCGGCGGCGGGGGACGGAAAGCCCUGACUGAAUCGAACCUGCCGUCGCGACCUCCCCUAAAGAUGUCUGAGACUCUGUUCGAGGGCUUUGAGAAGGCAGGGAAGAAACAGAAUAAGGAGCAGGUCCCGCCACCGGCUGAGCCUCAAAACAAGAAGCCCUCGUCCAGCAAACCAUCCAAGAAAUCAAACUCCAGCACCGCGCACACCCCCACGUCUCACAAGAACCUUGAGGAGGCCUUCAAAGCUUUGGAUGUUGGGGAACUGAAGCAGCAGUUGGCUCGCAGUCAGACUCUGUUCCCAGAAAACCCAUCAGUGUGGGUCAAAGACCUGGCAGGAUACCUCAACCACAAGCUGACUGCCCCAGAGACUGAGCCCACACUCAGCAGCUAUGCCCAUGACUACCCAUACUGCCUUACAGGAAAAGAGCUGAGGGGCGUGAUCAAAGGCCUUAUCGGGCGAUGCAGCGACACUCUGCCAGACUUCUUUGACCACUGUAUUUACACCAUGCUCAGGGAGCUGGACAGACAGUCAGGAGAGCCACUCCAUGGCUACAGAGUUUGCAUUCAGGCCAUCCUGCAGGAUAAACCCAGAAUAGCCACCCAGAACCUGGCUGAGUAUCUGGAGUUAUUGCGUUCGGUUCAGAAUCGUCCAGUGAAGUGUCUGACCAUCAUGUGGGCUCUGGGCCAGGCAGGAUUUUAUGACCUCAGCCAGGGACUAAGAGUGUGGCUGGGCAUCAUGCUGCCUGUGCUGGGAGUGAAAUCCCUGUCUUCAUAUGCCAUAUCUUAUCUGGAGAGACUCCUCCUGCUUCAUGCUAACCUGACAAAGGGAUUUGGCAUCAUGGGACCUAAAGACUUCUUUCCUCUGCUGGAUUUUGCCUUCAUGCCCAAGAAUGCCCUGUCACCAAGUCUACAAGAACAGCUGAGGCGUCUGUACCCCCGACUGAAAGUGCUUGCAUUUGGGGCCAAGCCUGAGAGCACGUUGCACACAUACUUGCCAUCCUUCCUGUCCAGAGCCACACCACACUGCCCAGAUGACAUGAAGAGAGAGUUGCUAAGCAGUAUGACGGAGUGUUUGCGUGUGGAUGUUCAGAGUCUUGGAGUGUGGAGGCAGCUGUACACCAAACACUUACCGCAGUCCAGCCUUCUGUUGAACCAUUUAUUGAAGUCCUGGAAUGUCUUGCCACCAAAGUUGCGUAAGAACCUUCAAGAAACCGUCCAGUCAUUCAGGGUGACAAACGAGGAGAUGAGAGACAGCAUUGACUCAAAAGACCUCCAGGAGUGCCAUGUUCUGUGCCAAAAUCUGCAAGUGAAGAUGCGUGGCCAAGGGUUCCCCUGGUCCAGGCUACUUAUGGCUCUGCUGGUGUUUGCUGUUGGCUUUGUCGCUCAUGACAUCAGAUCCCACGGCUCCUUCACAGACUCUACUACAGCUAAAUAUCUGCGCAGCUCAGGGAUGACAGCUGUAUCCCAGCAGGCCUGGGGCAAGGUGACCCUCUACUCCAAGCAGGGGUUCAGCUGGUUGGAGACAAACACUCCUUACUAUUACUCUGAGUGUGUGCGGGUUGUGGGGCCGCUAAUGGAGCAAGGUUUGGAAAAAGCAAAGACAGCUGCCAUCGUCAUCUCUGAAAACACCACCCAGUUCAUUCUCUGGGUCAGGGAAAACACACCACUGCUCAUAGAAUGGGUGAGUGCCAACACUCCGGACAGUGUGUUCCAGGCACUGGCGUAUCUGAAGGAGCUCCUGCUCUUCCUCCACCACAACUAUAUCUUGCCUGCCCUGGCGUACACAUCCGACCUGCUACAGCGAGCGUGGACCAGCCUUCAGGACUCAUGCAAUGGAGAAGUGUCUGUAUCGUGUCUGCAGAGCCACGCUUUGUCCUUCACCAACUCAACGUGGCACCUGCUCCAACACACGACUUCUGCCAUCAAGACCUGGGCACAGGAGCUGCUGACGCGAGCAUGAUAGCAGUGUGCAGAAGCUGUCUAUUUACACGCACAUGCACACACACACUUAUACGCUCAUGUAAACACCAGUUUUUAUACACACUGAUCCAAUCUUACUCUGCCUUUCAAAGUGUAGACUCAUGCCCUUCAGCCGUGAUUGGACACUCUUGUGGUCAGACAAACAAACUUUUACUCAAAGGACCCUUUCUGUCUCUUCUCUUGUUUUGGCUAAAUUUUAUCAGUCUGCAUGCUGUUUUAUACUUUUCUUUUCUACCAGUCCUUUUUCUCACUGCUGGACGCAGAGGUCGUCCCUCCCCUGUGUUUUCUACUGCCUGAAUUUCAGACAUAUUCUUUUUAACUCUGGCUUAUGAAUUUCUGUAAUUUAUAGAAAACCUAGGUUUGUAGAUCAUUUGUAAAACAUUUUUAUUUAUAGAUCUGCAGAGUUAUUCUGUGAAAUCAUUUCAGAGGGGAGCAGAUGUACUAAUGGGAUAUUCCAGACUUUUCCAGGCCACUGUAGACCUCAUCAGCUCUGAGGAUGACUUCAUCUCCCAAAGUUUAAUCUCACUGAGGCUGAUAAGAUAUAGCGUCAGGGUGUCUGUGUGUAUGUAUGUGUGUGUCUGUGUGUCAGGCAGUGUGAAGCCUUCAUCAGGCCUAUGGAGCCCUCCAAUGGACAGUUCACAAUGUGAAGCCUUUAUGAGGCAGUGAAGAAUAUAUAUUGAGAUAUGGAGGGACAAGGGAGCCACGGUCACAUGCGCUGGUCUGACUGCCUCCCUCACAAGAUGGAGACUUCAAAGUGUGAGCUGGAGUGAGACCCAGGUUGUAGUUAGAAACCGGUCCAGUUGUCUCAGCUGUCAGGGUAGAGGAACAUACCUGCUGUCUUUAUUUCCUGCACAUCAUGUAGUCACAUCUCUGUCUCUGGCACAUUGAUCUGCCCUGUCCUGUUCCUGUUCUUUCCCCAUCCGUUUGCCCUCCUCUUCCUCUCUUCUGCCAUUGGUAAAGGACAGCUGAGACAGCAAAGGAGUACUGCUGCUUCCUUCGUGCUUAUACCUGAAGGCAGCUGAUGUUCUGUGUGUGUGUGUGUCUGUGUGUGUGUGUCUGUGUGUGUGUGUCUGUGUGUGUGUGUGUGUGUGUGUGUGUGUGUGUGUGUGUGUGUGUGUGUGUGUGCGCGCGCGCACGCACGUGUGCGAUCUGAUCUGCAUGCUUGUCUUGGUAAUGGGGUGAUGAUUGACCUCAUGCCGACGUCCUGUCCACCACAGUAUGACAGAGUUCCUUCCUCUCAGCAAAACAAACCUUUCAGACCAGCUGAUUCCCUCACCCCUCCUUGUAAAAGAGAUAUGUUUGGAUGUAUACAGCAAUGAUUAAUUUGUUACUUUAUAAUGUAAAUGAUUUAUAAUAAAGCCUUCAACCCCGUUUCUUGA